AUGGUUUGGGCCAUAGAUAGAGAGCACCAGGCAGAGGUGCUAAUCAGACAGAGGCGAGGUAACCUGUACUUGUUUAUACUGCUGAACGCUGAGAGGGCAGAGAUGCUCCAGAUGUUAUCACCAUCUAUUCGGGUUAGUAAAGUUUAUAGAGGGGUUCUGUUAGAGGUACAAGGGAUUGUUUUUCUGGCAGAUCUGAUGGAGCUUCUGUUUGGGGAGUUUGACUUAAUUCUGGGUAUGAAUUGGCUGGUCAAGCACCGAUUUAGUUUGGACUGCACGACUAAUAGGGUUGUUCUAAGGACUGAGGAUGAUAGGGAAGCGGUCGUAAUCAGUGAGCAUCAAGAUUACCUGUCCAAUGUGAUCUCUGCUUUUGUGGCUGAGAAACUGAUUCGGAAAAGGUGUGAGGCGUACUUGGCUUACGUUAGUGUUUCUGAUUUUGAGGACUCUUCUGUUGGGAAUAUUAGAACUUUUGUCGAGGGGUUCUCUCUUAUUGCAACUCUCUUAACUAAGCUUCUGCGUAAAGGUGUGCCAUUUGUUUGGAGUGAUGCACAACAAUCAAACUUUGAGAAGCUAAAGUCUAUUUUGACUCAAGCUCCUGUUCUGAUACAGCCUGAAUCCAGUAAGGAGUAUGUGGUAUAUAGUGAUGCAUCGUACGCCAGUUUGGGGUGCGUUCUGAUGCAGGAUGGUAAGGUUGUAACUUAUGUUUCCCGACAGCUUAAGACAUGCGAGGGAAACUAUCUGACGUAUGAUAUUGAGUUAGUUGCUGUAGUCUUUGAGCUGAAAAUCUAUAGCAUUAUCUAUAUGAUGAGAGGUUACCAUCCUGGUAAGGCCAAUAUGGUGGUUGAUGCUUUAAGCCAUUGGGAAAUGUUUGAUCUAAAUGCAAUGUUUACUCGCUUUAGUCUGUUUGAUGAUAGGAAUCUAUUGGCCGAGUUGCAAGUGAAGAGUGAUACUACUUCAGAUUUUAGGCUAAAUAGCAAUGGUGUGCUAUGCUUUCAAGGUCAAAUUUGUAUGCCGAAUGAUUCGGAUUUGAAGCAGUCGAUUUUGAGAGAGACGCAUAGUAGCCCUUAUGCUAUGCAUCCCGAGGUUUGGGCAGACUAUUCUUUACAGAAGCUAACAAAGCUCUACAUUUUGGAGAUUGUGAGACUGCAUGAGACUCAGUUGGGUGAACAUCGGGUUUUGGGUCCCGAAUUGGUUUUUGAGACCGAAGAUAAGGUUAAACUGAUUCGGGAUCAUUUGAAGGCAACUUUUGAUAGACAGAAAUCCUAUGCAGAUCUAAAGAGGCGAGAUAUUGAGUACUCUGUGGGGGACUUCGUCUUUCUCGAGGCUUCUCCGUGGAAAAAGCGUGUAGGACCGGUCACUUAUCAAUUGGAGCUACCUCUAGAGUUGGACCAUAUCCAUGAUGUCCUCCAUGUUUUGAUGUUGAGGCGGUAUCAGUCUGACCCUUCUCAUAUUGUUUCAAUUGAGGUGAUCGAGGUUAGGCCAAAUUUGACCUUUAAGGAGGAGCCGAUUCAGAUUCUGGAUCGUGACAUCAAGGUUCAGAGGAGAAAGUCCAUUCCUUUAGUAAAGGUUCUGUUGGGGAAUCAUUGCUCUGAGGAGGCCACGUGGGAACCUGAGGAUUCGAUGCGUUAG